AGGGGACUCGCUGGCUGCAGACAACCGCCCGUAGCGUAGAGCGCAGCGCGGCGCGCCUCGGCGAACCCUCCGGUGCCGGCAGCGGCUCCUCUUGCGCCUUUACGCACGGCUCGGCUUAGCCAGAAAGAGUUCGGCGGGAGGAAGAGAAGACGGCGGGCGAGAGUCGCUCCAUCCUCCUCCGGGACUCCCGCAGUGCCCGUCUCUACAAUGUGUGAGAUGGGGCUGGCCUCCCUGGAGCUGUCCAGUCUCUCACCGUACUGCGGGGAGACCCCUGACGCUUACUGCCACGAUGACCGCUGGCAGAGGCUGCGCACAGCUGUCAGGAGACUGGAAUUCUGGGAAAACUUUGAUGUCGAAUUGAUAGGCAGUGGCUUUUUUUCCAAGGUGUACAAGGUCACCCACAGUGCCGGUGGCAAAGCGAUGGUGGUGAAGAUCUACAAGAAUGAUGUGGACCAGGAGGUGAUUGUGCGUGAGAUUAGCUUGCUGCAGAAGCUCUCCCAUCCCAACAUUGUCAGGUAUCUUGGCAUCUGUGUGAAGGAUGAUAAGUUGUAUCCAAUUCUGGAGUAUGUGAAUGGAGGAGUCCUGGAAGAGCUUUUGGCUUGCAAGGAUGUCUCUCUCAGCUGGAAAGAGAAAGUGGACCUGGCUUCAGACAUCACACGUGGGAUGGUUUACUUACACUCCAAGAACAUAUACCACAGGGACCUCAACUCCAAGAACUGCCUCAUCCGUGUGACCCAAAGGGGUCGGGAGGCCUUGGUGGCGGAUUUUGGCCUAGCCAAAGAAGUGGUGGAGCUCUCUGCCAAGGGCCCCGAAAGGAAGCUUUCUCUUGUGGGUUCGGCUUUCUGGAUGGCCCCUGAGAUGUUGCGCGGGGAGCCUUAUGACAGGAAGGUGGACGUCUUCUCCUUUGGUAUUGUCCUGUGUGAGAUCCUGGGCAGGAUCCCUGCAGAUCCAGAGGUGCUGCCUCGGACCCAGGAUUAUGGCCUGGAUGUAGCUGCCUUCCAGGAAAUGAUCGGUGGAUGCCCCAAGCAAGUUUUAGACUUGGCUGCCAGCUGUUGUAGACUGGAAGCAUUCAAGCGGCCAUCAUUCACUGAGCUCCUGGAGGAACUGGAAGAUGCUGCAGAGAGGCUGGAAUCCGUGAUGGACCAUCAGUCCCCAGGGUGAAGCUUCUCUGUGGAACCUAGACUGUAAAUCACAUGUAAAUCUGAAAAAAAAAACAAGGGGGUGUGAUGAGGGGGAAUGUCCUCCAUACAAAACAUUUGCCCUGCUCCCCCUCUCAGGCAGAUCUACGGUUUGUACAGCAGAAGAGGAAGCUUCUGCACCCCACCAUUGGGCCCACAGCCUGACCAGCCUCCCCCAUUGUGAUAUGUUUUAGAAGCCCAAAGGUCAUCCAGUCUGGGCCCCCGCAGAUCAAGCCCAGACCACAACGUCUGCCACGAGCAGAGAGUAAGUGAAACCGGGACGACCAUUUCUUCACUUAGUGUUUAAUUAACAGUUGAUAGUCCAUGCCAUAGUGGGGAACAGCUGCCUUUAGGCCCAUUCAUGGAAGAGGACAGCUCUGCAGUUGGA